UCAAGAAAGUACCAAUCAAUUAUAUCCCCCCACUCUGUAAAUCAAAACCUAAUCCCACAAACCCUAAUUCAACAAACCCUAAACCAAUUUGCUUGAUUCCCAUCAAGAAUUACUCCUAAUCUAAAACCCAAAAAACCUAAUGGCAACCAAGAGGCAAACUUCACUUGCCCUAUUUCUCUUGCUCAACCUCGUACUCUUUACCAUGGUUAGUGCCUGGACUCCGCCAAAGCCGAAGCCAAAACCGAAACCGAAGCCAACCAAAGCAUGCCCUAGAGACACACUGAAACUUGGGGUGUGCGCGAACUUGCUUAACGGCCUCCUCAAUGCCACAGUCGGGAAACCUCCAAAGGCGCCGUGCUGCAGCCUCAUCAAGGGCCUGGCUGACCUCGAGGCCGCCGUUUGCCUUUGCACGGCCAUUAAAGCAAAUGUUUUGGGGAUCCAUCUUGACAUACCGCUCUCCAUCAGCUUGCUUCUCAAUGUCUGCACCAAGAAAGUCCCUAAAGGCUUUGUUUGUGCUUGAUUAUUAAUUUGAUCCAACACUUGCAUGCUUUUUCUCUUCUUGAUGGAUGUGUGUGUGUGAUCUUAUGCGUGUUACAACUUUUUUUUUUAUUUGAUGUUGUUUGUGUGCGUGGAUUGAUACAUGUUUGUGUAAUAAUGUAAACAAAUUGGGCUUCUUUGUUAGUGCAUUGUUUGCUAUGCUUCUCUUUA